AUGAUCCAACACCCUGUUCUUGGAGGCAACAAUGGUGGAGCCGAAGUCAACACAAACCCACAAAAGUCAACACCUUUAUUACCCCCUAUAAACAGAGGAACCACUCACAUAUUCUACAAAACUCGAAUAUGUCAGAAGUUUCUAGAAGGAAACUGUAGAAAUGGUGACAGCUGUACUUUUGCUCAUGGCUCUAAAGAUUUACGUGAACCCCCACCUAAUUGGCCAGAUCUUGUUAAAGAUAACCGAGGGCAAAAUUGGAAUGAUGACCAAAGAAUCAUACACCAAAUGAGGAUAUGUCACAAGUUUGUCAACACAGGUGAAUGCCCUUAUGGAGAAAAAUGUAAUUUCCUCCAUGAAAAUCCUGCAAAAUUCAAGGCUCAAACAGAAAGAACAAGAGAUAGUUCUGUGAUCAAGAUUCAGACUUUGGUUGACCGUGGUCAACCCAAUGGAAGUCAACAACGGUUGCAUAAUAAUAUUAAUAACAUGAAUGCUAUUAAAGUUAGUACUUUGAGUAGUGAUCCUAAUGCUACAUUUUGGAAAACUCGAAUUUGUAGCAAAUGGGAAACAACAGGGCAAUGUGUAUUUGGAGAUAAAUGUCAUUUUGCUCAUGGGAUUUCAGAAUUAAACACACCGGUUGCACGCGUGGAGGUUCAAGGUUUCAUUGCCGCCAGUUCGGCUGAACUGCCGCCUAGUAAUUCUGCCAUGGCUGGUCCUUUAGAACAAGGUGAAGGAAGGGGGUUUGCAAAGUUGAGAUUAUCAAAUAAGAAGAUCAACCGAAUUUAUGGAGAUUGGAUUGAUGAUGAAGAAGAUGAGCAAGAUUAUUAAGUAUGAGCCAGAAGACCAACAAUCUAGUUAUCUUUUAUAUACAUGAUGAUUGAUUGAUCUUUUAUGGUGUUUUGUUUAAUUAGAUGAAAAGCGAUUUUAUGUCAAAUAUGUGGGAUUUGAUGAUUCUUUCUCCCAAAGGGAUGAAACUCGUAUACAUGUCUUUUUUGCUAUUGCUCUAUUUAUAGAAAACUACAAGAA